AUGAGUACUCUGAGCAAGCAAAACAAAAGAUCGGAAGACAGAGAGGGUGAAACCAUUAGAGGUGAUUCAACAAUGUUUGAAAGCGAUGUUGUUGAUCCGCCUUUGGCCAUAAGUAACGAUGAUCAACAUUUGGUCAAAAGGAAUAUAGGUGAAGGUGGCGAGCAGGGAAAGAAGAAAAAACGUAGUGAAGAAAGAAAGCACGAUGAGUGUAACCAGUUCAAAAGGGAUGAAUGUGAAGAUGAUGAUGAGCAAGGAAAGAAGAUGAAAAAGAAGAAGAAACUAAUUGAAGGAAACACACUUAAUGAGCGCAAUGACUUUAGCAGCAAUGAAGGUGAAGAUGGAGAGCAGGCAAAGAAGAUAAAGAAAAAGAAGAAGAAACGGAGUGAAGAAAGCGAACAUAAGGAUUAUAACAAGGACAAAUGCAAUGAAUGUGAAGUUAAUGAUCAAGGCAAAAAGAUGAAGAAGAAAAAGGAAGCAAAGGCAGUUACAAAUGAAUCUCCUAACUCUGCAUCUAAACCCAAACGGAAAUGGUUCUUCGACCCCGUUAUUAUCCUUUGGCUAGAGGGCUGUUGGAAGAUAAUUGCACAAGCCCUACCUCAUAGGCCUGCCUAUAGUGUGUAUAAUCGCGGUCAUGUUUUGUUUGAAAACAAUGUGGAGUUUCAUUGGACACCUGAUGAGCGUGAAUUUGUACGGAAGGCCUACGAGCAACAUGGACCUGAUUCGAGGGCAGUAGCUGAUGCUUUGGGUAAAAGUCGAGAUCAGGUGAAAGAUUUGUGGCGCAGAAUAAAGUAUACUGAGUUAAAAAGAGGAGCUUGGUCCCAAGAUGAGUAUCAAACUUUAUUUAAUUUAGUAAACCAAGAUCUCCGUGUUAGGGCUUUAGAACCUUAUAGAAAAUCCCAACAUGGUAUGUUGCGAGAUAAUAUUUCUUGGGAGGCAAUUAGUCACAAGUUGAAAACCCGAGACAGUGCAAUUUGCUGUUUGAAGUGGUAUAACAAGUUAGUAUCGCCGAUGAUUGCUAAUGGUGAAUGGAUGGAUUCCGAUGACUUCCGCUUGAUAGGUGCUUUAUAUGCUUUGGAUGCUUGCUGCAUGGAAGAGGUAGACUGGGACAAUCUAAUUGAGCAUAGGUCUGGUGAUGUAUGCAGACAACGAUGGGAUCAAAUGGUCCAACAUAUUGGCAAACGUGCAGGGAAGUCAUUUAUUGAGCAGGUUGAAAUUCUUGCGAAGAGAUUUUGUCCAGACUUAUUGGAAGCAAGAGAGGCUUUUGAGAACAAACCUGUGAUUUGUUGA